UGCAGUUCGGCGGCCGGUUGCCCGAUUUUUAUUCUUGUCAACGUCAACCCCACUACCCCACUUCUAUCGUUCUUGUCGUUGUUUCGGCGUGCCUGUCUGACCGCCAUUUUGUUUAUAUGGUUGUGUGGAAAGUGAGAUAUUCUCUGAAUUGAGCAGUAUUCAGCCGUUUUUCGUGGUGAUAUGAUAUAACCAACUGCAGUUUGUCAUCGCAGUGAUUUUCAACUGCAAGGAACUAUGUCUCGUUACGGUGAUUGCAAAGUAUAUGUCGGUGAUUUGGGGAAUAACGCCAGUAAACCCGAACUUGAAGAUGCAUUCUCUUAUUAUGGGCCUCUAAGAAAUGUUUGGGUAGCAAGAAAUCCUCCCGGCUUUGCCUUCGUAGAGUUUGAAGAUCCUCGUGAUGCGGAAGACGCGAUUCGCGGUUUGGACGGUCGGACCAUUUGCGGACGCCGAGCCCGUGUAGAAAUGUCCAACGGUGGACGAGGUUAUGGCCGAGGGCCACCUCCACGCUCUCGUUUGCCGCCUCGCCCUUAUGAUGACCGCUGCUAUGAUUGUGGAGACAGAGGACAUUAUGCUCGGGACUGCACUCGUCGGCGCCGUCGAAGCCGUUCGAGGUCGCGUCGCCGCACACGCUCCCGCUCACCGCGCUCCGGCUCCCGGUCCCGAAGCCGCAGCCGCUCCCGCUCCCGUUCCAAGGGUCGCUCGAUGUCCCGAUCCAGGUCACGGUCUCCAUCCAAAGAGUCUAAAAAGUCCAACUAGACACAACUAUACAAGACACGGAAAUAAAAUUUAUUCCAUUAAUUUAGAUUCUUAUUGUAUGCAUAGAGCUUUCAUUUGAUUCAUGUUGAGUGUCUGCUUUACAUUCUGUUCUAUUGCAUACUGCAUACAUUUUUAAGAACAACAAUUUCAUCAUUCCUUUGUAAUAAUUGCUUGUGUAAAGGUACAUUUUAUAUUACUUUCACAUAAUCAAUACAAUAAAGUGACUUGGUUUAUUAUAA